CCUCCUCUCAAUCACAUUUCAAAACCAGAAACCGAAGCAGCAAGCAAAGGAGAGAGGAUCAUCAUCUCAUUUUUAUUCAUUUUAAUUCAUCAAAAUAAUCGAAAAAAAUAAUUAAAUAAAAUAAAAAGGUGGCGGAGCAUUCGAGACGAAGUUGAUGACGAGUUCCACCAUCAGAUGUCGCCGUCUAUGGUAGAUGUCCGUACGCCGGCGGCGGCGACUCGAUACACUAGAGAUCAAGGUCAGAUCUUUACUCCUUUCGAUCAGAACCCUAACCCUAACCCUUUUAAAUUUAUGGAUCAAUCCAACUCCUUUGGUAAGCCCUCGCUCUCAAAGCCUCGGUUUGCUAAGGUGAGGAAGAACGCCGCCGCUCACCGGAGACCGGCGUCGGCGGCGGCGUCGACGAUUCAAGAUCCCUGUUCUUCGGGGUUCAAUCCGUUUAGGUCGGAUAAGAUUGAGGAGAAGAUCAGUAAGUGGGACCCGUUCGUUUCUGAAUCGGGGGCUAGGGUUUCGGAGAGUAUGAAUGCUAAUGGCAGUGCAUUUGGUGUUAGGGGCACGAGUUUUGUGCUUGGGAGUGGUGACCCUAAAUUGAGCAGGAACUCGAGCAGCCGAAGCAUGGGGAGCUUUGAUUCUUUGAAGUCCGAAACGUUUCAGUUUGUUUCGGGUUCGAAGCCUGUGGAGGUUGGGCAAGGGUUUGUGUUUGGUGAUGGUGCAAAAAAGAGUAAUGAUCUGAGUCAGGGUUCAUCGCUUGGGUCUGACGAGGGCUUGGUGUUUUCCAAGCCCCCAGAGGAGGAGAUGAGAAAGCUGAACUUGAAGAAUCCAGGCGAUGGAGGUGAUUUUGAGAAGAAGAAACAGUCUGAAAAUGCAUUUGUGUUUGGAGCUGGCAGUGUAAAGGCUAGCAUGCAGAAGGAGAAAACAGAGGCAAGUACAAAUUUUGAUGCUGGUGGUUGUGUAUUCGGGAGGGGAGUAACUAAGAGUGCUGAUAUGAGUCGGAAUUCAUCCUUUAAUUCUGAUGAGGGAUUAUUCUCUCAGCUUCCUGAAGAGAUGAGGAAUCUAAGGUUGAAGGGUUCCGGUAAUAUAGAUGAUUUUGGGAAGAAAAAGGAAGCUGGAAAUACUUUUAGUUUUGGGGAUACCCAGUUCUCUGUAUCAGGUUCACAACCAAUAAAUGUAGGGAUGGAGAAACCAACGUCACAUUCAUUUGUCUUUGGUAGCAAGGGAAGUGGGAACUGUGAUGCUGGUACUUUUGCCAUGGGUUCCGACAAGGAUUCAUUCUCUGAGCUUCCUAAUGAGAUGAGGAAGCUGAAUUUGAAGAAUAAGAACAUGGAUGAUGUUAAGAGGAAUGAGCAAGCUGAAAAUUUUGUUUUUCAUGAUAACAAAACGGGGCAAGGAUUAAGUUCUUCUAGCAAUCUAAAAGGUGCUGAGUUUGCAGGUUCAGAACCAAUAAAUAUUGGGCUUGAAAAGCCUACAGUUGGUUCAGUUGGUUUUGGUAGCAUGGGAAGUGGGAAUCCUAAUGAGUGUACUUUUGUAUUUAGUAGCGGAGUGAAUAAAAGUGUUGAUUCAAGUCAAAAUUCUUUCUUUGGUUCACAUUUGGGGUUGUCUGAGCUUCCUGAAGAGAUGAGGAAGAUGAAUUUGAAUAGUGGGGAUGGUUCUUUAAAGACGAGCAAAGCAGAUAAAUUUUUUGUAUUUGGAAGCGACAAGAAUUCCAUUGGUUCCUUUGGCAGUGGUUUUGCAAAUAAAGUACCAGAAGAGACGGAGCAAUUGAAUGUUGGAAGGGGGUCAGCAGAGCAAAGCAUGAAGAAUGAAAGUGCAGGACCUGCAGCAGGUGCUUAUGUAUUUGGAAGCACCAAAGAGAAAAAUUCUGGUUUAAGUGCUGAAGAUCCUAGGAAGGGUAAAGAAACAGCUCAAAAAGAUGAGACUGGUGACAGUAAUUCCUUUGUCUUUGGGACCGCUAAAAAUGCUGCAACUUCCUUUGGAGGAAGUGCUGUUAACACAGUACAUGAUAAUAUGGAGAAGAUGAAAAUCGGAACUAAUGCUGAGAGUUUAUCUGGAAGGAUUCCAUUUGAAUCCAAUUUUCAGGCAGCAAAAGAUGACCACAGAUGGAACAUGUGUUCUAAUCCAUUAUUCCCUGCUCCUGGUUUCCAAUCUCCUGGGCCAAGGUUCUCUUUUACAGGUAAGCCUGUAGGUCUAGAAACACCAAACAUGGAAUUCAAAACCCCGCAGCCAGAGGAUGCUACUCGAUUGACUAAAGAGACUUUGUUUAGUGGGACAGUGGCAUUCAGUGCAAAAAAAGGUGAUGCUAAAAGUACGAAGAGUAAAAAAAAGAAGGGUAAAUUCCCAUUUUCGCGAAGGUUUUCAACACAGAAUGUUUCAGAGAGGAGUGGUCCCAACAUAAAUCCAGAAGAUUCUACUUGUGAUUACUCACCCAUGGAUUAUUCUCCUUAUCGUGAGGAUGGAACUGCUGAUCAGUAUUCAAGAGAAACUUCUAUAGCAUCUGAAGAUUCCAGUCAUAUUGUCUCUCGUGGUGCGUUAUCUGAGCAGGAAGAAGUGCUAGUGUCAGCAGCUCAGAGGUUGAAUGUCAAUGAAGUAGACCUAUGUCAAGGAGAAGUAGGUAUUGAUGAUUCCAAAGAUGAUGUCAAGAAAAGUUCUAAUGCUGAAUCUUCUUUUGUAGACGAACAAACUAAUAAAUCUGUGAAUAAGAACAACAUUUUCAAACUUGAGAAUAUGGGCCUUGAUAAUAAUUCAAGAACAUCCCCCAUGCAGUCUGAUACUGAUUUCUUUAGUUCAACCGGUGAGGGGCCAGCUAAUGAAGUUAGAAAUGAGUUUUCUUUUUCUUCUAGCUUAGAGGAUCUUGGUCAAUCCAACUUUGCAUUCACUGCAUCACCACGGGUUGACGGUCCAUUAUCAGCAGCGAAGCAUAGUUAUAGAAGAAAGCACAAGCUGAAACCUGGUCAAAGUGCCAGAGUUCCACUGGCUUCUUCCUUGCCAGAUUUGAUGCCACAUAUCAGCAUUUCUGGUCUUCCAGUUUCAGGAGGACAACAAAAUACUUCAUCUAUCUAUAAAAAUGAUAAUGAAAGCAAAACAGGAAAAAGUAAAGAAGAGGCCAGAGAAGAGUCCACGACUUCAGAUGUUGCUAGAGCUGAAGUACAGGAAGCAUGUGAGAAGUGGCGAUUCAGGGGUAACCAAGCUUAUGCAAAGGGGCUUCUUGGUAAAGCAGAGGAUUAUUAUACCUGUGGAAUAAAUUCUGUCUCUCUGAAGGAAAUUCCUAGUAGCUGCAUUAGGCCGUUGACCCUCUGCUACAGCAAUCGCGCAGCUACACGGAUGUCUCUUGGGAAAAUGCGAGAAGCAUUGAGAGAUUGUAAGAUGGCCGUUUCAAUUGACCCAAACUUUCUUAAAGCUCGAGUAAGAGUUGCAAAUUGUCAUCUAGCUCUAGGAGAGAUUGAAGACGCAAUGAAGCAUUUUAAGGAAUGCCUGCAAGCGGAGAACAUCAGCGAUGAUCAAAAAUACUUGUCCGAGGCCUCUGACGGUCUACGAAAAGCUCAGCAAGUGGCUGAUUUAACUGGCCAGUCUGCUGAACUGCUGUUGAGAAGAACAUCCAAUAAUGCUGCUAAAGCAUUAAAUGUGAUUGCCGAAGCACUUUCACUAAGUCCAUACUCAGAACACUUGUUGGAAAUGAAAGCAGAAGCUCUGUUAAUGAUGCGGAAUUAUGACGAAGUAAUUAAGUUAUAUGGAAAGACGCUUGAUUUGGUUGAACAAAACUCUGCCGUAACAGAAGUUGCUUCUGAAUUGAAGAAUGCAGAUUCCUCUGAAUUCAUGAAUUCACCUGCCAUACUUUGGCGGUGGCAUAUGAUUGCCAAGUCCUAUUUUUAUUUAGGGAAACUUGAAGAGGCUCUUGAGCUACUUCAGAAGCGUGAAAAAUUGAAAUCUGCCAUAGACAAGUCCUCAGACCCUUGUACGUCAUUUGCUACCACCAUACAGGAACUCUUACGGCUUAAAGUAAGUCUAUCUGAAAUUCUAGAUAGCAAACGAAGAUACAAUAAAGCAGUUGAGUACUACAGUUCUGCCUUAGCAUGCAAUGCAGAAUCACGUCCGUUCACAGCAGUAUGUUUUUGUAAUCGUGCUGCAGCAUAUCAAGCUCUAGGACAAAUUGCAGAUGCUAUUGCAGAUUGCAGUCUUGCAAUAGCUCUUGAUCCUAGUUAUCCGAAGGCAAUUUCUAGAAGGGCCACGUUGCAUGAGCUGAUCAGGGAUUAUGGGCAGGCAGCUAGUGAUCUAAAUAGGUUAAUCUCUCUUCUUCAGAAACAGAUGGAGAAGAAAGAUAAUCACUCUGGAGGAGUGGGAAAGUCUGCUGCUGAUGGCACUGAUUUAAAACGGGCUCGGGCACGGCUUGUGACAGUGGAAGAGGAAGCUAGAAAAGGAAUCUCAUUGAACAUGUAUAUGAUAUUGGGAAUUGAAUCAUCAAGCUCUGCAGCUGAUAUAAAGAAGGCUUACCGCAAAGCCGCUCUAAGACACCAUCCUGACAAGGCUGGUCAGUCCUUGGUCAGAAAUGAAAACGUUGACGAUGGACUGUGGAGAGAAGUAGCUGCAGAGGUGCAUGCAGAUGCUGAUCGGUUGUUUAAAAUGAUAGGAGAGGCAUACACUGUAUUGUCAGAUCCCACAAAGCGUUUGCAGUACGAUGACGAAGAGGAGCUAAGGACUUGCCCAACAAUGAGUUAUAGUACUCGAAAUACACCUAAAACCUCGUCAGAUAGUUACGCCAACCAUUAUGAGAGAAGCUAUACCCGGCGCCAAUGGCGCACGCAAGGAAGUUCAUACCAGAGAUGGUGAGUUUAGCAAGCAAACUUAUGUGAUUUAGAAUAUUCAGUUUCUGGAUCGAGAAGCUGAUUUUGGAAGUAAAAGGUAUAUUGAGCUCUCUCUUAGCCGGAGCUUGGUUCCUAUGGAUUCAUCAAAGUUUAUCAUGUUGACUGUGGAGGAGAGCCACAGUAUUGGCUCUGGUGUCAUUAAGUUAUCUGAAGGGAUAUUUUAAACUAUACCUCAGCAUUGCAGAACGUUAAGGUAUCUGAAGGGAUAUUUGAAACUAAACCUCAACAUUGCAGAACGAACAAUGAUGUAGAUUUGUGCUGUGAAGGCAUUCCGAGGGAGAGCUUGUUCGGUCAUAUUCUUUCAUUCUAUUGAAGUUACAGAGAAAGGAUCGCAGGUGGUUUUCUUAUAGCUGUUAUAGGAAGAAAGAAGCAUGGAAAUAAAACAGGACGCUGGUGUUUGUCUAUGCUUCUUCUUUCCUUUAGUUUUGUUUGUGAUUGUUUUGAUCGUUUUGUAAAGUGGUGCCUGUUUGAAGCGGAGUUAUGUAAAAUGUAUGAGCAUUUGUUUGUUUAAUGGGAAGUUUUGCUCCAAAUAUUUGUUUCUAUGUUUCAGUACCUGCGUUUUGCUGUU